UAAAAUAUUGAGGGAUGCAAUGUAUAAUUUAAUCACUUUUCAGGGUGUGCAGUUGUACUCUAAUAUUUUAUCUAUUUUAAUAAGAAAAGUUUUUUUGUAGGAGUCGUCAAUUCGAGUCUCGCAAUAUAAAGACAUAAUACAUAAAUAUGACUCUUAACUUGGCAUCAAUCGAUAACUAUGACCUUUAAUUUUGGAUAUGCACAAGUAGACACUUAAACUUGUAUAAAAUUGAACAACUAGAUGCAUUCGUCCUAUAUGACACUUUACAUGAAAAUUUUGUGUCUUAUGUGGCGUCCUACAUGUAUUAUGUCAUGUAGGAUACAUGUGUCUACUUGUUCAAUUUUAUACAAGUUUAAGUAUUUACUUGUGCACACUCAAAGUUGAAGGGCAUAAUUAUCGUUGAAGCCAAGUUAAGAAUAACGUUUAUGUAUUACGCCCGUAUAAAAAGAGUCGAGCGUUAAGUACAAGGGGAUCCAUCAUUCUCGCUUAACAACAAUAAUUGAAUUACACUCUGUGAUAGAAAUUCAGUAAGGUUGCAAUAAUGGAUCGUGGAAAAAUACCAGACCUUGCUGCACGGGAUAAUAAGAUUUAUCUGGAUUUAAAGGACAUCAUCAAGGAGAAUGCCCUUCCCUUCCUUCCUGCCAAAUCAGUUGUCAAAUUCGGAGCUGUUUGCAGGGACUGGAGAUUCCAGAUUUCCGCUCCACUUUUUGCCCACAAUCAGUCACUUUCUUGUCACAGCACAUCAGGCAUCUUUAUCCAGAUUCACAGGGGUUCCCCUUCUCUCAUACCCAUUUGUGGGGUGCCAGAUCCAAUUCUUAGCUUCUUGCCUGAGCCUGUUGACAUUAAAUCCUCCUCCAAUGGACUGCUUUGUUGCCGAGGUCGUGAAGGGGACAAGGUCUACUACAUAUGUAAUCCCUUUACUAAGCAGUGGAAGGAACUACCAAAAUCAAAUGCUAAUCAUGGAUCAGUUCCAGCAAUUGUGCUCUUAGUUGAACCAUCGUUGCUCAACUUUGUAGCAGAGUACAAAAUUAUAUGUGCUUUUCCAUCCACAGAUUUUGGUAAGGCAACUGAAUUUGAUAUAUAUUCCUCCAGAGAGGGUUCUUGGGAAAUUGCUAGGGAGAUAUGCUUUGGAGAUAGAACAAUAUUUUGUUUACUGGAUGACAACUGAUAAUAUUCUUGCUUUUGAUCUAACAAAGGAGAGGUCACAGCUCCUUCAAAGCUAUGACACUCAUGGCUUCUUGGGGACUUUUAGUGGAAAGCUCUGUAAGGUUGAUGUCACUGGUAAUAGAAUCUUGUUAAACAUUUUGGCUAAUACCCACUCAAAUACAAUGCAAAUGGGAAGCCAAAUCAAAAUGUGGUCAGAGAAACAGACUGUUGUUCUUGACAGUGAAAUUGUUGGGGAUGUAACAAGGAACUACUCAGUUUUACAUGUUGACAGUGAUAUAAUGGUGGCUCGUUGUGGAGGAAGAACGUACUCAUACGAUUUCAAGUCCUGUGCAAAAAAAUUUCUGAGCAGUGAAGUUGGAAUUCGUCGAUGCUUUCCAUAUGUAAACAGCCUAGUUGUAACAAACUCAAUAACAAGACCAACUCAAUUCAACUUCAAACAACCGACAACUCUAUUUCAUUAA